AUGCACCUUACGCCGCUCGCCUUCGCGGUCGCGGCCGCUGGAUUCGUCAUCAUCCCCGAGCUUUCCGAAGCGGACGAGAACAUAUUCAAAGCGCUCCCUAUCCAUGCUGGACCAUUGUCACUGCCAGUUCCAGCAGAAUCUCACAAGGUUUCUGUUCCGUGCAAGCAAUGUGAAGGCAAAAAUAGCCAUUUGCAAUUGAACCUCGACGUGGUCGACCACACGAGGCUAUUACUAAAUGGAUUCGAAGUUUACCCCAAUGCCGAUCCCUGGCAUGGCGAUCUGGCUGCCGUUGUUGAAAGUACCGAUGGUGAAUCAGCAAAGCAGAAACUGGGAUACAGCUUAGCGGUUGCACCAGAAUUUAUGGAGCAGGAUUCUUACAUUCAGAUUCUCGAUGUUGAACUGCGGGUCAUCGAAGUGGGAAACCGAUUUGUUGACAACGUCCCUGUUGUUAAUGUGAAGCUUGUCAAGGCGCCUUCGGGCGAAAUCGCCAUUACUGAUGUGGACACUACAUCGACCAAAUCGUCUAGUUGCAAUUCAAUGGCUUGUACCGCGAAGGAAGUCAUGGAGGAGGUCUUCAAGGCCCUAAAGAGCUUCAAGCCAUUCAAGGGCUGCCAUCGCCGACCUUACCAUGACAAGAACAAGGAAUACCUUGAGAGCUACCCUAUCCGGCCUCAGUCUGACGAUGCGCCCGAGGCUCAUCAUAAGCACCCGCAUCAGAACUUUGGUGGCAAGCACCGGCACGAAUGGGGACGCCUCAUCACCAACAUUGCUGCUCAAAUCUUUCUGCCUGUCCUUAUGGGUAUAACGGCUGGCGUUAGCGUAGCUCUGCUUGCCAUGGCUGUAUGUAGUGUAUUUUUCCAACUUACAUCGUGUAUCCGAGGCAAGAGAGACGGCCGUUUUGGUUUGUGCCCGUAUAGCAGAGGACAAGCUGUACAAACCGCCAGUGAGGAGGCGAUGACGUCAGAGAAGGUUGGCCUGAUGGUGGAGGAAGCUGAGGCACCGCCGCUGUACGACGACUCCAAGAAGUAA